AUAGACGAUCUCUGACAGCAUUUGCGUGUGUGCGUGCGUGUGUGUGUACGUGUGUGUGUGAGAUAUCGCAGACGUCACAGCCUGCCGUUGGUCCAGUUCAGUUGAGAUCAGAUGAGCCGUUGGUUCUCUCCGGAGGCGAACUGGACUAAAUCGUGACCUGGAGGCGCUUUAACCCGGGUGGUCCCAGUUCACACUCUGAACCGGGACACUUUUUAUUUUCAACUAACCCCGAAACAGCAGAUAAACAGCCUGGGCGGAGGGAGGAGGCAGGGAGCCGCCGUUAACGUAACGUCCGUGACGUCGGUCCGCCCGGGCUGCUGCUCGCUGGAUUUUACUACCACGCUUGUUUUUGUGGAGGGUCGCUGUGUUUAGUGAGUGAUCGAUCCGGUCCGAUCGGAGCCUGAUCGAGGAAUAGAUGAUGGAGAGGAAGAAGACGGACUGUCCCGCUCUGCCGCCCGGCUGGAAGAAAGAAGAAGUGAUCAGGAAGUCCGGGCUGAGUGCUGGAAAGAGCGACGUCUACUACUACAGUCCUUCGGGGAAGAAGUUCAGGAGUAAGCCUCAGUUGUCCCGUUACCUUGGAAACACAGUGGAUCUGGGAUGUUUCGACUUCCGGACGGGAAAGAUGAUGCCCGGGAAAAUGCAGAAGAACAAACAGAGACUCCGACAUGACCAGCUCAGCUUGGCCAAGGGAGGUAAGCCAGACCUGAACACAGCCCUGCCAAUCCGGCAGACGGCGUCCAUCUUCAAACAGCCUGUUACCAAGGUAACGAGUCAUCCCGGCAACAAGGUGAAGACAGACCUGCAGAGAGCUAACGAGCAGCCCAGACAGCUGUUUUGGGAGAGGAGGUUGAAAGGUCUGAGGUCAUUCGACAUCACAGAGGAAGUCCUGCGCACCAUGAACCUGCCCAAAGGCCUGCAGAGUGUUGGUCCAGACUCCAGCGAUGACACUCUGCUGUCGGCCAUCGCCAGCGCUCUGCACAUGAGCUCUGCUCCGAUAACGGGACAGACAUCUGUGGCUGCUGAGAAGAACCCGGCCAUCUGGCUGAACACAUCUCAGCCCCUUUGUAAAGCCUUCACCGUCACUGACGAACACAUCCGGGAGCAGGAGCUGAAAGUGUACCAGGCCAGGAGGAGUCUGGAGGAGGCGCUGAUGGCUGACGGUUUGGCGCGGGCCGCCGAAAACACCCGAGAGCUGCUGGAGGGGAAGAGGGCCUGAAGACAGACAGACAGACAGACAGUGGUCCUGUGUUCACCAGCCUCAGGUUUAUAAUCCUCUUGAUCCUAAUCCAGACCACAAACCAAAAACAGACCCCCCAAGCCCCCCCCCCCCCCCCCCAGACUGAAACUCACCAGCACUGAUCGUUGCCUCAGUGAGCAUUUUCUUUAACUUUCCCGUGAAGGAAACAUUUUUCAGGAUCUAUCAGCAUGUGGAAACUAAAGUCAUCUCCCAGAGCAACAGCAGUGACAAUGGGAGCGGCAACCAAAGCAAUAAUGGCAUCAGCAAUGACAAAAGCACCAGCAAUAACAGUGCGACGACACACGUCUGCAGCAGCAACAGAAAUUGCAACAUAGGAACACGCGGAGCAACAGCAGCAAUACGUUGAGUAUCUACGAGCUCAAAGCAGCAACCGAAGCCUUUAAUCUUCUGUAAUUUAUCAUCCGUUCUGACCUUACCUUGCUUAUCUUGUCUCACUUUUCAAAUGCAUAUAAUAGUUUUAUUUCUUUUUGAUAUAAAAACGUCCACCUUGAACCCAAAGUCAGAUCGCAAACUGCUGGACGGCCUUUGCUAACUCUACUAACUCUCAUUGUGCUCUUUGAUGAUUUUGGUUGUUUGUGGUGUCAGAUUGUUGUAUGUUUUUAAGAAGUCUUCAGGGGUUUUAAUUAAAUAAUGAGAAUUUACAUAUGAAAUAGAACAAUUGCUUAUUUAAGACAAAUUUUAUACCUUGAGAGAACAUAAGUGUACAUUUCUUGGACUGGAGUUGGACUGGAGUAAAUAAAUGAUUAU